UUCCCUCUUCGAUCAGAUUCAGGGGAAAAAAAUUGCUCCUAAAAUAUCCAGUUUUUUCUUCCUAAACCUAAGCGAGUAUUUUCCAUUGCUUUCUUUCUCCGUCAUCGCUUCAUCCUCGGCGUUCGUCUCCGAAUCGUCGCCGGCUCUCUUCUACUGACGAGAUACGAAAGCUAAACUCUCCAAUUUACCCCUUCUUUUUAUUCUUUUAUUGGCGGAACCCCUCCAAAAAAAAAAAAAUAGAAAGUUAGGGUUUUUUUUAUUUUGUGGAAGGAUAAAAAUGGCGGCUGCUGCGGCGACGAUGGUUAGUUCAGCUGGAGGGUUGCUGGCGAUGCUUAACGAGAGCCACCCUCAGUUAAAAUAUCAUGCCCUUUCUAAUUUGAUUAGCUUCGUUGACCAAUUUUGGCCUGAGAUCUCCACCAGCGUUCCUAUCAUAGAAAGCUUGUAUGAAGAUGAGGAAUUUGGCCAGCAUCAGAGACAACUUGCUGCUUUGCUUGUCUCGAAGGUCUUUUAUUACUUGGGUGAACUCAAUGAUUCAUUGUCUUAUGCUCUUGGAGCCGGUCCCCUUUUUGAUGUUUCCGAGGAUUCUGAUUAUAUUCAUACUCUUCUUUCCAAGGCAAUAGAUGAGUAUGUCAGCCUUCGGUCAAAGGCAGCAGAAUCAAGUAAUGAAGCAGCAAUGGUUGACCCUAGGUUGGAGGCAAUUGUAGAGAGAAUGCUGGAUAAGUGUAUCAUGGAUGGAAAAUACCAACAAGCCAUGGGAAUUGCAAUUGAGUGCCGGAGACUGGAUAAACUUGAGGAAGCAAUAACAAGGAGUGACAAUGUUCAUGGGACCUUAGCAUAUUCCAUUAAUGUCUCUCAUUCGUUUGUGUAUCGCCGAGAAUAUCGACAAGAGGUGCUUCGGCUUCUUGUUAAAGUUUAUGAAAAGCUUCCUUCUCCCGAUUAUUUGAGCAUUUGUCAGUGCCUCAUGUUCUUGGAUGAACCUGGAGGUGUUGCAAACAUAUUGGAGAGACUUCUUCGUUCUGAAAAUAAGGAGGAUGCUCUUUUGGCUUUCCAAAUUGCGUUUGAUCUUGUGGAGAAUGAGCACCAGGCUUUUCUCUUAAAUGUAAGAGAUCGCCUUUCAGCUCUCAAAUCUCUGCCUUCAGAAUCCGUACAGCCAGACUACAGUGAUCCUGCUACUGCUCAAAAUGAAAAUUCUACUGCUCCAGAGGAUGUUCAGAUGACAGAUGAAUCUUCUGCUGUUACAAAAAGUGUUCAUGAGGCAGAUCCUAAAGAAGUUAUGUAUGCUGAGAGGCUGACAAAAAUCAAAGGAAUUUUGUCUGGAGAGACAUCCAUACAAUUGACUCUGCAGUUUUUGUUCAGUUAUAACAAAUCUGAUCUACUGAUUUUGAAGACAAUAAAGCAAUCUGUUGAAAUGAGGAAUAGCGUUUGUCACAGUGCCACAAUCUAUGCUAAUGCGAUAAUGCAUGCUGGAACAACUGUUGAUACUUUCCUGAGGGACAAUUUGGACUGGCUGAGUAGAGCCACCAAUUGGGCUAAAUUCAGUGCAACUGCUGGGCUUGGUGUUAUUCACAGAGGACAUCUGCAGCAGGGGAGGUCUCUGAUGGCUCCCUACCUGCCCCAAGGUGGGGCUGGUGGUGGUGGUAGUCCAUACUCUGAAGGUGGGGCUUUAUACGCUUUAGGUCUCAUUCAUGCCAACCAUGGUGAGGGCAUUAAGCAAUUCCUUCGUGAUAGCUUACGCGGCACGAAUGUUGAGGUUAUCCAACAUGGAGCAUGCUUAGGUCUUGGUUUGGCAGCUCUGGGGACUGCUGACGAAGAAAUAUACGAUGACAUCAAAACUGUGCUUUAUACUGACAGUGCUGUCGCUGGUGAAGCUGCUGGCAUCAGUAUGGGUUUGCUUAUGGUUGGAACUGCAAGUGAGAAGGCAAGCGAGAUGCUUGCUUAUGCACAUGAAACACAACAUGAGAAAAUUAUCAGGGGUUUAGCAUUAGGGAUAGCUCUUACAGUUUAUGGAAGGGAAGAAGAAGCGGAUACAUUAAUUGAGCAGAUGACUCGGGAUCAAGAUCCUAUACUACGUUAUGGUGGUAUGUAUGCACUAGCAUUGGCCUAUAGGGGAACUGCUAACAACAAGGCCAUUCGUCAGCUGCUGCACUUCGCUGUAUCAGAUGUGAGUGAUGAUGUUAGGAGAACUGCUGUUUUAGCUCUGGGGUUUGUCCUUUACUCGGAGCCAGAGCAGACUCCUCGAAUUGUCUCCUUACUAUCUGAAUCAUACAACCCACAUGUUAGAUAUGGUGCGGCACUUGCAGUGGGCAUUUCAUGUGCUGGCACAGGAUUGAGUGAGGCCAUAUCAUUGCUAGAACCCUUAACAUCAGAUGUUGUUGAUUUUGUUCGCCAAGGUGCCCUCGUUGCAAUGGCUAUGGUCAUGGUCCAGACCAAUGAAGCCAGUGAUUCUCGUGUCGGAACAUUCAGGCAUGAAUUAGAAAAGAUAAUACUUGAUAAACACGAAGACACAAUGAGCAAGAUGGGAGCAAUCCUAGCCUCUGGGAUCCUUGAUGCUGGUGGGAGGAAUGUAACCAUAAGAUUGCUUUCCAAGACAAAGCAUGACAAAGUCACUGCAGUUGUUGGUCUUGCAGUUUUUAGCCAAUUUUGGUAUUGGUAUCCUCUCAUUUAUUUUGUGAGCUUGUCAUUUUCACCUACGGCUUUUAUUGGACUGAACUAUGACCUGAAGGUUCCAAAAUUUGAGUUCUUAUCACAUGCAAAACCUUCGCUUUUUGAGUAUCCAAAACCAACUACUGUGCCCACCACCACAUCUGCUGUUAAACUUCCAACUGCUGUCCUAUCAACUUCGGCUAAGGCUAAAGCUAGGGCUAAGAAAGAGGCAGAACAGAAGGCAAAUGCUGAGAAAUCAACUGGAGCAGAGUCUUCUGCUGCUGCUAAUACUGGAAAAGGGAAAUCAUCUAGUGAGAAGGAUGGAGAAGCCAUGCAGGUUGACAGCCCUCCAGAGAAGAAAUCCGAGCCUGAGCCAUCAUUUGAGAUUUUGACCAACCCAGCAAGAGUGGUUCCUGCUCAGGAGAAGUUCAUCAAGUUUUUAGAAGACAGUCGAUAUGUGCCUGUGAAGUUGGCACCAUCCGGAUUCGUUCUUCUCAGAGACCUGUGCCCUAAUGAACCGGAGGUGCUCUCUCUAACAGAUGCACCCACAUCCACGGCAUCCCCGGCAGGUGGAUCAACAGCAGCUGCAGGACAACAGAGUUCAUCAGCCAUGGCCGUUGAUGAUGAACCUCAGCCUCCUCAGCCAUUCGAGUACUCAUCCUGAUUUUACCCAAUCCUGGAACUGAAACAGGGCCAAGAAUACUUUUAUACUUGAGCAGUGCCUUUUGACAUCAUAGCUGUUCAACCUAGAGUGAAACUAGGAGAACUGAUGCUCGAUUCCCAUCCUCAACUUAGGGAGAUUCUGAGUUUAGAUUACAUCAUUCUUAAUUCCACGAGGAUAUGUUUUACUUGGAUUAGGGUUGAACUUAAUUUCCCUUUUCAGGCAUGAGUGUGCGUUUUAAAGGAUGUUGGUCCCAUUGUUGAUUGUUCCCUUUUUAUCUUGUGUUUUUAUUCCUUUGGAAAGAUAGUUGUAUACAUUUAUACAUGUUCAACCGUUAUUCCCUUUUCAA